GAGGUGGAGAGUACAGCGCUCCGUGUCAUCUGUGAUCUCGAAACGGGUCUUAAUGAAAGCUUUGUCAUUUCUAUCAUUCGUGGCCACUACUCUCAGAGUGUAGAGAGCAGGACUCAGUCCAGAGAACACCACAUGACCACUGGAGCCUGUAAAAAGUGUUUCGUAAUAGGUUUGAGGGUGUGUAGAUUGAAGUAUAUAGCUGCCUAACUUUUAAAAAGUUAACUGUGCUCACAGUUUUUCU